AUGUCAGCAGAAACCAUCGCACGCUGGAACGCUAUUCCUCUCGCACGUCCUGGGUCCGAGUCUGAUGCCUCACGAGCAAUGAAGCGUUCGCGACCGGAAGAUGACGAUGACAGCGAGGACAAUGUAUCCCUUUUGUCUCGUUCUCCCUCGCCACAACCUCCGGCGGACGCCAUGGACAUUGACAAGUAUGAUGAAUACGUCGCAAAACCUGCACGAGAGACCGUGACGGUCGACACGAGGAUCAAAAGUAGCAACAAGGGGUUUGCCAUGCUUGCGAGUAUGGGAUGGGUAGAGGGGCAGCCAUUGGGUCUGUCCGGAGAUGGUCGUGUCGACCCAGUACCUUUCUAUGUGAAGAACGAUCUCACAGGUCUCGGCAAAACAAAUCAGGAUGUACGGAUGAUUGAGACCACUGUCGCUCAACGCCGCGAACUCGAUUCAGAACGCCAAACGAAAGAGACAGAGGAGCAGCGGCGAGCGAGGGAGGACUCGGUAGCAAAGCGCGUUGCUGUUCAGUCGGAGAUCGUCAAUACCCUCAAAGCGUUCUAUUGCGAGCUCUGCGACAAACAAUUCCAGAAUGUAGCCCAGUACGAUGAGCACACGAACUCCUAUGCGCAUCAUCACAAGGCGCGGUUCCGCGACAUGCAAAUGGCAGCGCGUGCCAGCCGCAACACACAAGAAGAGAUGGAUAAAAGGAAAGAGAAGGAGAGGAAGCGCGAAGAGAAGGAGUUACGGAAGGUCGCGAAGGCUGCAGGUAUCAAGAUUACGAAGCCGACUGUACCCCUCAUCACGCCUGCCUCUACACCAGGCACCGCUGCGACGCCUAGUGGGGCGAAGGGGGAACCCAUGUCUACCGGCCUCAAGAAGACGGGAUGGGCAUCUGUAGGAUCGUCGAGCAGGCCGACUUCCGUUGGGCCACCGUCUGGUCCCUCGACGUCCGGCUCCGCCUCAAAUAGCUCUGGAUGGGCUUCGGUGAGACCAGCGUCGUCGGGUUCGUCGCAGUCCCAGGAACCCAGAUCAUCCGAGAGCAGGGGAGGCUGGGCACCUGUCACAGCGCCUCCAGACCCUCGAUAUACAACUUCAUCAAAUCCGCCCAACACCGCGCCUCGCCAGGCAUUUGGUUCAGCACCAGCGUUCCGGACGGGUGGUUGGACCUCGCUCGACACCAGUAGCGGUGAACGUGCGCUACCGCCGCCGUCUGUACCGCCUCCGCUUUCACAUCCACCAUUCUCAACUCCGCAUGUUUCCUCACCUGCUGAAACCGCCGGCGAUUGGUCGUCGGACACUGGUUCGGGAGCUGCUGUACAGCCCUCUCAGAGCGGUUGGCAAACCGUUUCAUCUCAGGCAUCUGCUGAGCGGCCUUCGAUUCCGAAUCCAGUCGACGUCGAUGGCACACCUGUACCCGCUGCUCGCCCGGCCCCACUAUCGCGUCCUCAGCCUCCGCCACCUCCCCGACAAGAGGCAUCCCGGUCUGGCUGGCAACACUUCCGUGCGGCUGGCCCCGGUAGACGACGAUAA